UGUCCCGGCCCAGAUAUGGCUCGUGGACAGCAGAAGAUUCAGUCUCAGUAGAAAAAUGCCAAAACUGGACAAAAGAAACAAGGACAUGACCAAAAGCCUGCUGCGAAAGCUGCCUUACUAUAUAUCUGCACUGUCUGUAAGACACAAAUGCCAGACCCUAAGACCUUCAAGCAGCACUUUGAGAGCAAGCAUCCUAAGACUCCACUUCCUCCAGAAUUAGCUGAUGUUCAGGCAUAAAGUUGUUUACAGGGGAAGUUGUGACACCUUUGACUCUUCUCCUGUCUCAGACCUUAGGUAACAAACCUGCAGCUGCUUUUCUAACAAACUGUUGAUCAGCAAAAAUAAAGGG